UCUGAACCAAUGCGAGGGCAAACUUGUGAAAACUCUUCACUUCCGUCAAUGGGAGGAAUUUUUUUCGGCAACUUUUGGAACGCAGACUUGUGUAGCUCGGAGUGUGUGGCCCUCCCUGUGGAGGGGGGUGCGCCAUGGACGAGGUCUGGCAGUAUCAGUUUCGCAUUAUCUUGCUGGGCGACUCCACGGUGGGGAAAUCUUCGCUGCUGAAGCGCUUCACCGAUGGGACUUUCAGCGAGGUGCAGGACCCCACGGUGGGAGUGGAUUUCUACGCCCGUGUGCUGGAGGUGGAGCCGGGCUGCAGGAUCAAGCUUCAGCUGUGGGACACCGCUGGCCAGGAACGGUUCAGAUCAAUUACCCGGUCCUACUAUCGCAACUCUGUCGGGGGGCUUCUGAUGUUCGACGUGACCAAUCGGAGGUCGUACGAGAACAUCAAGGAAUGGCUGAAGGAAGUCAACAGCCACGUGUAUCCCCAGAGGACCAUCUUCGUCCUGCUAGGUCACAAGAGCGACCUGACUGACGAACGGGAAGUGUCCCACGAGGAGGCCAAGGAGCUGGCAGACUCACUGGGCCUGAACUACCUGGAGACUUCAGCCAAAAGUAACAGCAAUGUGGAGGAGGCGUUUGUGCAGCUGACUGCAUGCAUUUACGAGUCGAUGAAAGGGGGCGACAUUGCACUGGAGGAUGGCUGGGAUGGAGUCAAGCGAGGAUUUAAUCCGAAGGCACUGGAUCGAGGGAAGGAAGAAAAACAAAGCGAUUGUAAUUGCUAACUGGUUCAAGUUAAUAUCAGAGAAUGUAUACAGUAUACAACCUGAAAUUUUUACUCUUCACAGACAUCCUCAAAACAAGAAAUCCCUAAGAAUGAAUGAUAGUAACACGGUUUCAUGGAUAAAUAACUUAUUGCAAUGGAAUUACUUGUUAUAGACCUAUAGUAUCAUAUUCAUCAGAGUUACUUCCCAUAAUAAGCUGUAUUCCAGGCUUCAACUAAGGAGUUUCUGACCACUGAACUCACUGUCAUUGGGUACUGAGCUUCAGUAAUUUAGAGCAUCAGACAUAAGAGCAGAAUUAGGCCAUUCAGCCCAUUAAGUCUGCUCCACCAUUCUAUAAUGGCUGAUUUUUCUAUUAUCCCUCCCAAUUCCAUUCUCCUGCCACCUUCCCGUAACCUUUCACGCUCUCAACGGCCCAUCAACUCCAGCUUUAGACCAGACGACACAGCCACCAAACAGAGGGGCGUCCUUUAAGAACGGAGCUGAGGGGUGGGGGGCUUUCUUGUGCCAGAGUUUGGUGAAUCCGUGGAAUUUGUGGCCACAGCCGGGUGUGGAGGCCAAGUUAUUGGGUAUUCCCGCCGCUGCCUGGAAGGAGUUUGUACGUUCUCCCUGGGACCGCUUGGAUUCCCUCCCACAUCCCAAAGAUGUACCGGUUGGUUAGUUGCUUAAUUGGUCCUUGUAACUUUUCCCCUGACUAGGCUAUGAUUAAGUUGGGUGGUGUGGCUCGAGUGGCCAGAGAGGCCUAUUCCAUCCUGUAUAUCAAUAAACAAAUAGUUAAGGCAGAGGUCGAGAGAUUCUUGAUUGGUCAGGGCAUGAAGGGAUACGGGGAGAAAGCAGGAGUUUGAGGCUGAGAGGGAAAAUGGAUCGGCGUGAUGAAAUUGACUUGACGAGCCAAGUGGCCCAAUUCUGCUCCUGUAUCUCGUAAUCCUAAAAAUACCAAAUGACUUGUCCUCCACAGGCACCAUUACGAUGAACUCUACAGAUGCACCACCCUCUGCUUAGAGAUUUGUUAGACGAUCACUUCACACAACUUGCUGUGUUUGGUUAAGUUUUAGACAUUGCAAUACCUGAUCGUGAGUUUAAUGGCAGGAGACGGUUUCUUUUUUUUAAAAAAACUCAAGUUACAGAACCACUGAGGAAAUCCACCAGAACUGGAUUUUCAAAUGCCUUGCUUCUCUAGAUAUUGCAGGCUAGUCAUUCCUGCGUUAAUAUAUGUUACAGUUUUUCGUAAUCAUGAUUUAUUCUCUGUGUUGUUUCUGCUGUUGUCCUUUGGAUUCAUGCCACAAGAUGCUUUUUAUAAUUGCAUCCAGCCAGCCCGGUAGUGUGGCGGCUAGCGCAGCAUUUCACAGUACUGGUGACCUGGGUUCAAUUCCCGCCGCUGCCUGUAAGGAGUUUGCACGUUCUCCCCGCGGCCGCGUGGGUUUCCUCUGGGUGCUCCGGUUUCAUCAGACAGUCCAAAGACGUACUGGUCAGUAGGUUAAUUGGUCAUUGUAAAUUGUCCCGUGAUUAGAGUAGGAUUAAAUCGGGGGACUGCUGGGCGGUGUGGCUGAAGGCUUCCACGCCGUAUCUCAAUAAAAAAGAAUUUAAAUUCCUCUUUGUUAAAGGCACAACACUUAGCACUUGGUAAUAGCUGGCCAAGUCUCCGUACGAACACUAUUUAAAAACGCCAUCGGUAACAAAGCAAGACAGGCAUCUCCUCUGAACCCAGGGCACUACAAUAAAAGCAGGGAUGUGUCUCUGAGGCCUUGCGCCAGGGCGGAGGGCAAGGAAGGGCUGAGGUACCAAGGAGCCACACUCGAACCGAGAGGAGAGCACGGAUGACUCCAUGUUAAAUAGAGUACGUUCACCAUGUUAACUGCAUAAUGAACCAAAUGUAUCCACAACUGAAAAUGUCUCUCUUCUGCUUUGUAUUAACUGGAUGAAUUAAAACAAUGUCGUGUUUCAGA